AUGGGAAAUUCUGCAAGAAGUAACCUCAGAGAGCUUAGAGGAAGACGAGCGAUGGAUCCUAGAAUGUGGCACAAUGUCGCCGCCGUUUCAGGAAUGGCUGCUCUUGGUUUGGGAACUUACGGUGCUCAUAUGUUUAAGCCAGAAAACCCUGCUUACAAACAGGUGUGGCAAACGGCUUCUCUUUACCAUUUGGUUCACACUGCUGCUCUUGUUUCUGCUCCUAACACCAAAUAUCCAAACAUUUUUGGUGGCUUGUUGACUGCUGGGAUUGUAGCCUUUUCCGGAACGUGUUAUAUGGUAGCGCUGCGUGAGGACAGAAAGUUCUCUACCUUGGCACCAUUCGGUGGCUUUGCGUUCAUUGCUGCAUGGGCAACUUUACUUUUCUAA